GCGGCGCAGCAGUUUCUGCAUAAUUCCCUUUAUGGCAGGUGUUCUGUGUCUAUGGUUUCUUGCAGUCACUUUCGGUGCGUGGGGCCACAAGCUGUGCCACGAGGUCGUAGCAGGUGUUCUGUGGUCGUAGCUGCUUUCGGAUCGUUUAUCCGCGCGAUGGAGACGACGCCAGAACACGACGCUCUUUUGCCCGCCGAAAUGUCCGCCGAAGCGGUUUGUUCUAACCCGCCCGUCGCUGGCGUUGCGAAGGUUAGCAGAGCCGAGCGUGUUCGCGAAUGGCGACGUCGCGUCUUCAACACCGACGAGGCGCGAGCCAGAGAGGCCGAACGCAAGCGUCGGCAGUGGAAGGCCAACAACACCGCCGAGGCGCGAGCCAAGCACGCCGAGCGCGCUCGAGAAUGGAGACGGCGCCACGGCAAAACCGACGAGGCGCGAGCCAAGGAAGCCCUGCGCAAGCGUCUUCAACGCGCCCGCAACAUCGAGGAGACGCGAGCCAAGGAAGCCGAGCGGAAGCGCCGACAGCGGAAGGCCAACGCCGGCAAACCUCCGUCGGCAACGCCUCGAAAGCGCCGGGCUCCGCCGGCCGAUCUGGAGGCGUAUCGUCGCCGCAACGCCGAGCGCGUCCGUGCAUGGCGCGCCAAGAACGCCGGGUCCAACGCCAGACAGCGUCUCCUCCAGACAGCGCUGUACCAGCUCCUCCAGCAGGUUGAGAGCGAGGCACAGCGCGAGGAUCGCGACGCACUCGGAGCAGGAGCGUCUUCGAGAGAGUCUUCAGGAGCGCUCUUUCAAGUCGACGUUCAACCCGUGACGUCACCCGCGCGCAACGCUGCUGCCUUGAAUACCAUUGGUGUUUCCUCUGGAAAGAUGGUUCGUUCCCGGCAGUGUGUUCGUCGUCCUCGUAGGCGCACGAUUACCACACAAACAGCGCCGUACCAGUCUAGCGUUCGUGUGCAGGCGUCUACAUUGCCUGUGGGAUGGAAUGUUGGUGUACAGACUCGCACCUUCAGCAUCUCGGUGGGAACUCAAACCAAGGCCUGGUGCUCAGCCAAGCGCACAUCCCAGAAAAUCCAUGCUUCUUCAUCGGAUCAAAUGCGCGACUGCAGCACCCGUGAACCGUGCCCCUCCAGCUCGCUGACAAAGUGCAGCGAAUACGAUACUCACACCAACUAUGGAUGAUGUGAUUACAUGCUGAAGACCUUGGUUUCAAAAUGUGCUUUCGUGACGCCCCACACCUCGGCCAAUUUUGUGGUACUUCCUGUGAAAAGGAGUACCGAGUCGUUCUCUGGCAGUGCGAUCAGUUCCAGGGAUCCAAUUGAUUGCGUGCCGCCAAACUACACAUUGGGAGUUCAGGACGUGGAGGAAAGAAGCGUCAACAGAGCACAGACGUCAUCAGCGAUUCCUGUCAAUGAAAGGGCAAAAACAUCGUCCUUACUUCCGUGCCUUCGGCACUAAGCCUCUCUUCAAAAAUGUACUGUCACCUUUUUCAGGUGAUCGGUGAGGUGAAAUAUUUUACCUGACCUGUCACCUGAAUCUUUAAUGUUAACCCAUAAGGAAAUGGUCCUCAUUGGUCAUCCAGCUGUCUUUUCAUUUUUGAAGCAAGCAUAAGGAAAAAUUAAAGUGCGAUUGUGCACAAUGA